CCCCCGAAAAUUAUAAGUACUCGAUACAAUGUAAACAAAACUAUUAUCAUCGCAAUAGUUUAGGGCAUAAAUAAAGCAGAGUGGUGUGCGCAAUAUUGUCAGUAGUAAUACAUUCACUCUAGCAACGAGUCAUUGUUCUCUGUACUUAAAAUCAUUUUUUUCACGUUUAAAAAUAAAUUUACAAGUGUUUCUAAACAUGGCUGGCUCAAUCACGGAUAAUGCAGCUAUACACAAGAAAACCUUUACAUAUGUCCCACCAACUCCGCCUUCGGAGCUUAUCGAUUCUACUAACUAUACGUUGAACUUCGUGAAACGUAAGUUUAUACAUAUUGGGAUCGAUCCGACUGAUAUGUUCAGAGUGGCGGUGCAUAUAAUAACACCAUCACGUUAUGUUAAAAUUUCAACUGAGUUUCUAAAAAGAAUAUUUUCACUGAUGGGUAAUAUCCUAUCAUUUAUUUUGGAGCAGCCGGCGAAAUAUAAAAGAACCAUUUUUCUCGAGACAGAGAAUUUCAAGUUAUUUAGCAUGAUGUAUAGCGGUGAAAACUCCUUAGUAAUAGAGUCCAAGAUACACGACGGAUGUCGAAUUCUUUUAAAUCGUACAGAACUCAUACGACUUCACUACCUAGAAUGGUGCAUUUUCGAAACAAUCGUACGAAAAUCAACUAUAAUGCAUCCAAUCGUCUUAAAACAAUUCAAUAUAUUUACGAAUUAUAUUGAUGGUGAACUUUCCAAAGUGGAAUCAUUGCCGAGAACGAGUGAAGAAAUGACUACGUUUAUUAAAAAUGUACGUGACGAUCAUAUUAUUGCAAGCAGUCCUAAACAUGAUGUUAAUUUCAUUAGUCAGCUCAAAAUGUAUGCAUUAGCGCAAUUAACUGAACACUGCAUGCAACAAUGGAAUGGAGAAAUGUCUCCAAAGCCGUUUGAUGGAAAUUUAACAAUCAUUUCGCCGACCUCGCCAACUUCUGAUUUACCUCCGAGCAUCACGAAAGUCUACACAUUUGACAUGCAUAAAGAAAAAGAAAAUAAUGCAAAGCCGUACGAUUCAUUUGACGGCAUGCUGUCACUCGAUGAAAAUGAUGGCCCCGAUUUUUUCAACGUGCAAACCGUAUCCGAUGCAAACCACGCAACGUAUGCAAUGUUCCCAAGACCAUUAUGAGGAGUGUGGAAAAUAACAAACUCUUUUUAAUAAUUAAUUAUACGAUUAAUAAUUUAUGCGAAAUAAAAAGACAUGAUAUUUAUAUAAAAAGUAUUUUUUAUUUUUAAUAAUAAGUUAUACAAUAAAUAUUUACAUUGUUCUUACUUCACCAUUAAAUGGAUUAUAAGUUAUAAUCUGGUCAUGUAAUAUUAAACAAUACGCUGAGGUGGAGGCUGGAAACGCUUCUUCGGUCUCAAUCUCAAUCCUGAGGUCGACAGUCGAGGUUUUUACAUCAUCGUUCUGUCGGCUCAUAUCCACAACUAUAAUUGGUGAUAGUUUUUUGAAAUCCGAUCGAGUCAAUAGAGGUGUAACAUUAUCACGACCGUAGUAAGAUUUCUGAAACUCGGCGUAUGCGCGGUAUAAUGUAGCCAUCUUGUUCUUAGUAAAGUCACUUUGGAAAUCUUCGUAAGGGAAUACCUCGGAAUUCAAAUAAACCUUCAAGUUUUUGAUUUUACAAUGAUCGAAAUAUGACAUUGCUUUACUCAUACUGUUUUUCCUAUCAGUCUGAAAUCCGAUUAUAGCAUAUCGUGGUUUUUCUAAUUUAUUAGAUGUUUUUACUUUCCACGAGUGCGAUGUGUUUUGAGGGAGAAAUGGGUAUUCGCACAACUCCCACGAUCUAAACGCACAUUUUAAAGCUUUC